AAAAGGAAAAUAUAAAUAAAUAUUUACGUAGGAUAUUUAAAUAGAAAGUGAAACACAUCCGACAUCAGAAUAGGACUAGUUGAUGAGAGUUACCUCGGAAACAAGACAGAGUAAGGAAAGUACAAUUCAUUUGAGGUAUUUUUCAAUUCAAAUUAAAUGUAACCAAAUCUAGUAUGAAUUGGCGCUCACAACGUAUAUGGAUAGAACUUAUAACGGGAUCUCGAAAAAUAAGUAAUUUCUCUUGGGCCUUUAUCCUUUUUUUAGGUUCAUUAGGAUUCGUAUUGGUUGGAAUUUCCAGCUAUCUUGGUAGGAAUUUGCUAUCUUUAUUUCCCACCCAGCAAAUUCUUUUUUUUCCACAAGGAAUUGUGAUGUCUUUCUAUGGGAUUGCGGGCCUCUUUAUUAGCUCUUAUUUGUGGUGUACAAUUUCGUGGAAUGUAGGUAGUGGUUAUGAUCUUUUCGAUAAAAAAGAAGGAAUAGUAUGUAUUUUUCGUUGGGGAUUCCCUGGAAAAAAUCGUCGCAUCCUUUUCCGAUAUCUUAUAAAGGAUAUCCAAUCUAUUAGAAUAGAACUUAAAGAGGGUAUUUCUACUCGUCGUGUUCUUUAUCUGGAAAUUAGAGGCCAGGGAGCCAUUCCUUUGACGCGUACUGAUGAAAAUAUGACUCCACGAGAAAUUGAACAAAAAGCUGCUGAAUUGGCCUCUUUUUUGCGUGUACCAAUUGAAGUCAUGCAAACUAUAAAUACCUUUUCUUGGAUAAAAGAACAGAUUACUCGAUCCAUUUGCAUAUCGCUCGUGUUAUAUAUAAUAACUCGAUCCUCCAUUUCGAAUGCAUAUCCCAUUUUCGCACAGCAAGGUUAUGAAAAUCCACGAGAAGCAACUGGACGUAUUGUAUGUGCCAAUUGCCAUUUAGCUAAUAAGCCCGUGGAUAUUGAAGUUCCACAAGCGGUCCUUCCAGAUACUGUAUUUGAAGCGGUUGUUCGAAUUCCUUAUGAUAUGCAAUUAAAACAAGUUCUUGCUAACGGCAAAAAGGGGGGGUUGAAUGUGGGGGCUGUUCUUAUUUUACCUGAGGGAUUUGAAUUAGCCCCACCCAAUCGUAUUUCUCCAGAGAUGAAAGAAAAGAUAGGCAAUCUUUCUUUUCAGAGCUAUCGCCCCAAUAAACAAAAUAUUCCUGUAAUAGGUCUCGUUCCUGGGAAAAAAUAUAGUGAAAUUACCUUUCCUAUUCUUUCCCCGGAUCCUGCCACUAAGAAAGAUGUUCACUUCUUAAAAUAUCCCAUAUAUGUAGGUGGUAACAGAGGAAGGGGCCAGAUUUAUCCUGACGGAAGCAAGAGUAAUAAUACAGUUUAUAAUGCCACAGCAGCAGGUAUAGUAAAGAAAAUUGUACGAAAAGAAAAGGGCGGAUACGAAAUAAGCAUAGCGGAUGCCUCGGAUGGACGUGAAGUGGUUGAUAUUAUCCCUCCAGGACCAGAGCUUCUUGUUUCAGAGGGUGAAUCUAUCAAACUUGAUCAACCAUUAACAAGUAAUCCUAAUGUGGGUGGAUUUGGUCAGGGAGACGCCGAAAUAGUACUUCAAGACCCACUGCGCGUACAAGGUCUUUUGUUCUUCUUUGCAUCUGUUAUUUUGGCACAAAUCUUUUUGGUUCUUAAAAAGAAACAGUUCGAGAAGGUUCAAUUGUCCGAAAUGAAUUUCUAGAUUCGUGGAUUUAUCAAUAUCAAACUUGUAACAAGAACAAAAUUAACAAUUAUUUGACAAUAUUGGACGAUCAAUAAAUAAAAAAAUUAUGAGAAGGUUCUUUUUGUUUGUUUAUACUUUUCUUCUACAUCUACCAGAAGUUUGGAAUUACUUGAUACUAGAUUAUUACUUUUAAUAUAUAGAAGAUUGCGAAGACGACUAUUCUACUUUUUCACCUUUUCCAAUCGAAAUUUGGAUAUUAUCAUAUGAUAUUUUGGGUAUUUCAAUAUCAUAAAGUGUAUCAAAAGUCUUCUAUUUGAGAAUCAAAUUCGGCUGGUUACUAGACUAAGCGGGGAAUAUAACGAAAAGAAAAAUGAGGGGAACAAAUGAUUCUAGAUAGGAUUCUUUGCCUUCCCGGUCUUCGACACACGACAAGGAAUUUUACAAUACUUGUCGUGUGUCGAAAGAAACGUUAAUGAGUCUUGAUUCCCUUUGUCUUAGUCGGAAUUUUUAGUCUUUCGCGAGAUUGAACUCUUUUUCUUAUUAUUACACGUAACACGUAUUAAGGAGUGGACAAACUGAAAAAGUGAGAGGGAAAUAUAUUGAACAAAUGGAACUUCUUGCAUUAAAAAUCUAGAUUCUAUUGUAUCAUUCAGUAAAUCAAAUGAUUUCUUUUUUCUAACAAUUUAGGAACGAUCAAUAAGUACUGUGGAGGAAUAUAUGUUCGAAAUGACUAAAUAAAUUUUCCAAAAAUAUUGAAAGGGGGCUCUUUUUUUCAUUUAUACGAAAAAUUUUGACUAAAAAGUUAUGAUAAUUAAAAAAAGAAUUUAAUGGGACCUCCCCCUUCUUUGUUUGUCUAAUUCGAGGGGAAAAGGAAGGUCCCGUUAAGUUCUUAUACUUUCAUAUCUAUGCCUCGGUUCAUGCAAUUACUACAGCGAUGAGCCUAAUCCAGAAUAUGAACCAUAAAAGAAAAUACCUAGUAAACCGAUCACAACAAUACCAGCUACAGUACCUAUUAUCCAAAGAGGAAUCCUUCCAGUAGUAUCGGCCAUUUACCCCACUUCCCU